CGAAAUUGAUGGUUUGGGAUUCAACGCCAUCGAGCUCGACGCGCCCCCUACCACCUUCUAACGUUUAUUCAAGAAUAUAUAUACCUUCAAAUUAUAAAAAUAAGAACAGAAUAUCAAGCUGUUCCACCCGUUCAUUCGAGUCUCUACCCGAGGGUGAGCAAGCGAGCUUCAAACCACAGCAAUAUUCUUUUCCUGUUGCACAGAAGCAGAAGCGUCAUUCAGGUGGCAAAUAUACCUCAUACAAGAAGGAACGAGCUGAGAAGCGUUGGAGAGCUAUACUCGAACUACUAGAGACUGAGAGGUUAUACGUCAAGGAUUUAGAACUAAUUUGGACGCACUUUGUUCAACCUUUGAAGCAGUCGGGUGAUGACGCGCUCUUGACUCAGCUUUUCCCGCAUUUUCAGCAUAUUCUCAAUACCAAUAAAGAGCUUCUACGGAGUUUAGAAUGUGCAGUUUUACCCGGCUUACCACCGAUACCCGCACAAACGACCACAGACACAAAUCCAACAACAGUCACUACUUUCAACUCGAUGAAGACAUCGACGACGAUCGCAGAGGCUCUACACCCUGCAUCUCCUUCAGGAAGCAGCUUGCUUUCAUCUAACAAUAACCAUAGAGAUCAUUACCUAAAAACACGCGCUAACAUUCAACUUGCGCCAACACUGUUGAACCUAUUACCAUUCCUCAAAUUAUACACGCCUUUUAUACGCAAUUUUGAAAAUAGUCAGCGGCAGAUAAAUUCCUUGCUGCGUACAAAACCUGAGUUCAGUUCAUUCAUUAGAAAUGCUCAAUACACAAUUGUUAAAACAGCCCAGGGUGGUUCAGAAUGGAACAGACUUGGGAUAAAUUCCAAACUGCUUGCUGUUGUGCAACGUGUACCUAGAUACAAGUUGCUACUUUCACAGAUUCUCAAAUACACCGACGAAACGAGUGAAGAGUUUGAGAACUUGCAGCGUGCGCUCAAAUUGGUAUCUGAUGUUGCUGAUACUUUUGAGACUCACAUUGCUCAAUACCAACACACACUAUCAUUGCUCACUUUGCAAAAAAACAUAUUUGGCCUCCCAUUCCCUAUUGUAGCUCCAGGUCGCACACACGUGAAGUCUGGAUGGCUGGUCAAAAUCGGAAGAAAAAAGGAGGAAGUGAAGGCAUUUUUCUUGCUUAAUGAUUGCUUGAUAUACGCAUCGCCAACGUCUUCCAGUGUUGGCUCAGUUAUGGGUGACCUCGUCAAUGUUGUCAACCCUGUUAGCCCGCCAUCAACACCUUCAAUCACAGAGUUUAAAAAUUCUCCAUUUAGUCAUACCCAAUCACUCCGACCAAGUACUCGUCAGAAUUCAUCACAUAGAUUAUCAUCCUUAGUAUUCCCAGUUUCUACGCCUACGGGUGUGUCAGAUAAUCUACAGGCGAGCAGCGCACCAAGCGGUAGAAGAGGUCAUAAGCAUUCAUCUUCUAUGCCUGUAAAUAUCAUACCCCCACCAUCACUAUCUGCAUCGAUAUCAAGCGAGGAAGAGACAGCUAGUAACAUACAUUCUCGUUUAGUUGGACCAAUCGAUAUUGCCACUCUCAAUCAAUGCUUUACAUUCAAUAGAAAGCUUGAUCUGGAGGAUGUCACUGUUGUAGCAAUUGACAACGACUACCCACAACUACACGGUAGAACAUUCCAAAUUAUUUCUUCUCAAAAGUCAUUCAAUGUUUACGCAGAAUCUGAAGAGGAACGCAAUGCUUGGUUGGAUGCUAUCAGAUCCACGAAGGAUGACUACUUGUCGGCAUUCAGAACAUUAAAAAUAGACGAUAACCAAUUUCCAUUAGAUCCAGAUUCUUAUAUCAGACGUCGAGGAAAUUCAACGAAUACGACAAUGAAUUCGUUAAAAUCACCAUCAUUGUCAUUCUCUACGCCAUUUUCUGGCGCGAGCACACCAACUAAUCGUAGCACUGAUACGAACACAUCGCACAGGUUGCGUAGAAGAUCAGUACAUGCUUAUGCGGAGGUGCCUACAUCUCAUGCCUCAAGAACAAGAUCCAGAGAGCGGACGAAAAGCGCAUUCACAGGAGACAUUUCAGCAGCUGCAGCUGCUACUGCUAUAGUCAAUGGAUUACGUUGGAAUAAACAGGAAGUUGUCCGCGAAGAGCAGCCAAUGUCGCCUAGAUCGACAACAUCUGAGACUAAAUUGAGAGUACUCGAGCAUUACGCUGCACCAGUUUGGGUACCGGAUUCCAAAACGUUAGUAUGUAUGAGCUGCUCCGAGCCUUUCAAUUGGAUGCGACGUAAGCAUCAUUGUAGAAUGUGCGGUAACGUCGUAUGUCAUGAGUGUUCAACGAGGAAUUUCCUCAUCGUCAACGAUGCAGGAGAACAUCAACUUUCUCGUGCGUGCGAUGAUUGUUACGACACUGCUUUCCCUACUUCUAGUGGCGGCGAAGAUACAGAAGAGGAGAUAGUUGAUGAUAACGCCACAACACACGGUAAAACUGGCAAGAUAACGCCUUCUACAAGAUCAACGAGUUCGACAUCCCUCAACGGAAUAAUGCUCCAUCAGUCGACUACUAUAGAAUCAACAGGACGCGAACCAAGCUUGACAAGAUCGUCAUAUGCGACAAGUUCAUCCUCGAUCGCAUCUGCUUGUCCCACAUCAGCGCCAUCAUCGCCACCAACUACAGCAGUAAAUGGAUCAAACAUUCUCUACUCACCACCUAAACCGCAAUCACCGACAUUACAAGCGAAUGUAUUAGCACCAUCGUACGAUCACAGACAUCCAUUUGAUGGAAUGUUAAAAAACGCUAAUGGGACGAGCGCACUAAAUUCAGGAUUUAACCCAUCAGCUCACUCUGUUGUAACUUGCACGUCAACAUCGACGAAUAAAACAAAUGAAUCGUUUGCGAGAUUGGGCGUAGGAAGGCGCAACCUUGCUGCACCUCGUAUAACGACACCAAAAGCCCAACAGAGUUAUCGUAGGAAAUGAAAGAUUUCUAUACCAUUAAGUUUUAUUAUCCCGGACAAUAUAUUAUUUUAUAUCUCUUCUAAUUGUAAUUCAAUAUUUAUUUUAUAUCUUUGACGA